CGAGGGGCAGAUUUCGUUAGUCAUAUGUUCAAACCUAAGUAAAUUCCUAUUGGCUGUUUCCACAACGCAGGCUCCUUGUGCGCUUGGAAAUGAGACCCAUAAUAUCCCGAAUAUUGCGACAUUGCAUAUAUUAUUAAAAGUUACCUUUAUUUUUUUCUCCCAACACAUCUGCAUUUGGAUUAAGUUCCAUCCUGUUUACUAAUCCAAUGACUAGCACCAAUCUGCCGUGUUGUUUUUUGUUCGGCAUUGAAAGCGGUAUGACCGAUUCUCGGCAUUCUUCGGACAGUUGAGCACAAAACGAGCACCUCUUCAGGCGGCAUCUGAUGGAGCUCGCUGAUUGGUUCACACCGCUUUAAUUCCACCCAAUCGCGAAGCCGCAGCGAGAUUCGAUUCUGCAAAAAUAAAAAACAACAACACUGCAAAACACCGACGGCAAAUCUUCCUCCAGUACUUUACACCGCUGUUUCCCAAGUGCUCCACUUUCGGGGAUCGUCAGUUACAGUGCCAUGCCUUUUGUGAGAGGAACGAGAGCUGCUGUCGCCGCCCGCUGCAAGGUUCCCGAUGGAGUCGAUUGCGACAAGCAGCCUCAGGAGGAGCAGGAAGUUCCAAAUUCGAAGAGGUCCACUUCACCUAGCUACGGAGCCCCCGAGCUCAAGAUGAGGAAGGCCCUCGUCGAUAUGACCAAUGCUCACAAAGUCCACAUCAGCUUCCCAGGCAGGCAGAAGAAGACACAGCAGCAGCAGGUGAAGAAAACAAGCGCCCCUUCACUGUCAGAAAAGAGUCAAGCCGAGCAGCAAAAGUCGUCUUCAGAGAGCACUGAGGGAAAAUCAUCCGAAGAGGAGAAGGAGGAAGCGGAAGCGGAGGCGGCUCCAGCAGGAGAGCUUGCAAUCUGCCAUGUGCAGCCGCACCUCCUGAGGCCCCAGAUUCCGUCCGAGUUUGACGUGGACUCUGGGAGCCGCGACGAUUGCUUUAUGAGUCACGAGUACGCGAAGAACAUCUUUGACUACCUCAAAAGUCGAGAGGAGAAGUUUGUUCUGCCCGAUUACAUGUGCCAGCAGCCCAACAUCAACGUCGGGAUGCGCGCCAUCUUGGUGGACUGGCUCGUGGAAGUGCAGGAGAGCUUUGAGCUGUACCACGAGACUCUCUACCUGGCCGUGAAGCUGACUGACCACUUCCUGGCGCAGACCCCCAUCCAGUGCGACAAGCUGCAGCUGGUGGGCUCCACCGCCAUGCUACUUGCCUCCAAGUUUGAGGAGCGCGAACCACCAUGCGUGGACAACUUCCUUUACGUUUGUGACGACGCGUACAACAGGGAGGAGCUACUCUGCAUGGAGACCCGCAUCCUGCAAACGCUCUCCUUCGACAUCGGCAUCCCCAUCGCCUACCGCUUCCUCCGUCGCUAUGCCAAGUGUGCCGGCGUGGGCAUGGACACGCUGACGUUGGCGCGCUAUUACUGCGAGCUGAGCUUGAUGGAUAUGGAGCUGGCGCUGGAGCGAAGCUCGCUGCUGGCGGCCGCCUGCCUGCUGCUGGCCCUGCGCACCAAAAAUCUGCCAGUCUGGCCACCCAUCCUGCAGUUCCACAGCGGCUACGGAAUUUCCGAGGUAGCGCCCGCCGUCCGGAAGCUUUACUCCGUUGUGGAGCAGUCUCCCAGCAGCAAGUUGAAAGGGGUCCGCAACAAAUACUCCCACGAGGUGUUUUUCCGAGUUGCUUCCCUGCCGCUGGUGGAAUUUGAUGUUUUGGAGAAGUCUUUAUAAGUGAGCAAGCGUUCACUCGGAUGCAGUUGUAAAUAGUUAAUAUGCGAAAUAUUUAUACAUAUUGUUUGUCCAUUUUAAUUGCUGUUGCGUAAAGUAUUCAUGUUCUUAAAAACAUUUUAAGUAUUAAUGUUAACAAAAAAAAGUUUAUUCGGCAAGUGUAAUUUUGUAUGUUACUUUUAUAAUGACUCGUGUGUUGACUUUUGCCAGUAUUUAAAAUAAAGAUGUUUGAUACGAUCAAA